ACAUGAUCUCGCUCUCGAGCAUCAGCUGCACGCCCUCUGAUUAGUCUCAUUCAUUAGUUCAAUUGCUGUUCUCCAUCUCUCAAGUUUCAAGACGUUCUUGAGAAAAUUGUAGCAAGAUACAGUAUCGUCUAGAACUUGAUCUCAAUCCUUCUAGACGCCAUCAACCAUGAUGACCCGAGCCAAACUUCCUUGAAGCUCAAGAGCGCUCACCAUGUGCCACACUCAAGCAUCAUCAUGCAUAAUUACCGCAGCAGAAUCUUGGAAGUGAAUAUUGGCAUCACAUGACGGGGUACUGAGUGUUCCGCCAAAUAAUAGCAGGACACUAGAUCUCAACCACACUCAGAUUGCUAGCAAACAUAACACAGAAGUUUCAACUUUCGGCCGCUGCAGUCCGGUUUUCAGCGUCGCCCUGCGUGACCCAUAGUCUCGACUGUCGUGAUGGCGUCCUCCCCGGUCACGAUAAAUUCAAUCGAUCCCUUAAUCGCUACUACCAUGCGAGUAUUGCGCAAAGUCUCUACAGCUGAAGACCUCAUUACUGCAUGGCCACUGCUCAAGGAGAAGAGUCUCUCUUCUCCGCCUACAUUGACAGAUCACGAGCGACGGCUGUACUUCGAUCUCCCUGAUAAAAAUAUGGAAGAUUUAAAUAUCAGUGAAGCAACAAGCCUCUCGCGCUCACAACUUAUCGAGAAAGCACUUUCCCAUCAAGACCAACUCACAACAAAAGAGGCAGUACUAUUACUCUCCCGAUUCUGGACCCCCAUUACAUACGAAGAGAAUACACCAGUUUUUAAUGCGCUACUUACGACAAGUGAAGAAGCGCAAAUAGAAUUCUACGAGGGUCGAAAUAUUCCUCUGGCUUCUGAUGAGAAUAAGGCAUUCAGCAUUGGCAGCUACGAAUUCCAUCGCCGCGAGAAACAUGCAGCUGACGAGAAGGUACAGGAUGCUGCUGACAUAGCAUUUCCUAAUGCUCUGGAAUGGAUCCAACAAUUAUAUCGAGAGGGCAAAGGGCGCUGGGGCUUCGUUUGCCUAUGGGAUGCGGCUUGGAAAGAUUCAGAUCCAGAAUGGCUGGAAGACGCCAUGGAGACCUUGGGGGCAGUUUUGGAAGAUGCAUGCAGGUACAAUGGGACACAGGAUCUCAUAGCUAGGAGAUGGGAUUUACUUCACUUCUACGCACCCGAUACUUCUGCAUCCACCGGAGGCGCUGCUCAGGACCACGGCACUAUCCUGCGCGGCGCUUUUCAAGAUCUCUUACGCGACCCUCAAGAAUACCAGAACGCUCACGGCCUUCUACCCUGGGAUUGGUCACCAUUCACCGAUCAGAUUCCUGAGUCUGGUAUUCUCACCAACACUUUCCUCAUGAUUGAUGCCAAGUGUAUUGAAUUUCUCCGACCUGAUGAAGCUUCUGCGCCCUACGAUGAUAUGCACAUCCUUGCUUUCGAAGCCGACUAUCCUAUCACAAGUCGCAAAUACAUUGAUGGUUAUGAAGGAUUCUCCUGGAUUCGACUUGAUCAACUGGCUUAUAACUUCUAUGAGUUGAGACUAAAGGCUGACAAGAUUGGCAUGGACCAAAUCUGGAAGGCAGCACAGAUUAGUCGUAACCAAGCAUUCGUUAGCAUGAAGCCCGAGGAAGCCUUGACUUGGACGGGCUCUUCCUCAAUGACGGGAUUCACUCCAGAUAGCGUCAUAGGGAAGAGAUGGUAUGAAAUCAGAGAUAAAACUCGUGGCACGGAAGUACCGGGUGCAAACUCUACAUCAGACGUCGCAUGAGGAGCUUUCAUCUUCACCUACCUGGCCCAAGGUAAUGUUGAUGGGGUUUCUAAAAAGUCACACUCAGAUUUUGAGAGAGAACUUGUGAAAAGACGUCGAUAGACUAGUGUCAAGAAAGGAUCGAUUGCACUCCAAAGAGAUCAUACAUAAGCUAGUUACAGAAAUCACCGAAUAGUACGAUCAAUCAUGUUC